AAAACUCACAGCUGGCCUCAUACUCAUGGUGUUGCUAUGAACCCUGUCGACCAUCCUCACGGUGGUGGUAACCACCAACACAUCAGAAAAGCCUUGACAGUUCCUCGCUCUGCAGUUCCUGGACAGAAAGUCAGUCUUAUUGCCGCUCGCCGGACUGGUCUGCUAUGUGGUACCGUCAAGGUCAAGGAGGUCUAA